AUGAAGAUGGGCCUAUCCGUGCCCACAAGAGUUCAAGACAUGACCUUGCCCAUGCUGCUGGAAGGAGUGUCAACCUUCAUCCUGGCACAAACUGGUACAGGGAAGACCUUGGCUUAUGUCUUACCGAUCGUGCACAAGUUGCUGACCACCAACACUGAGGGUUUCUUCCCCAAGAGUCGGCGCCCACGUGCGAUCAUCGUCCAGCCGACGAGGGAGUUGGCCUUGCAGACGAUCAAGGUGGUGCGGAACUUCCCAGUGAGGCCGGUCGGAUAUGAGAAUGAGGGAUUGAUCAAUGGGUUUCUGAUUGUGAGAGGUUUCAGGUGCUUUUCGAUGUGA